AUGCACAUCGCUCCUGCUCACCACAAGAGGCAGCCAUCUGUGGGUCUCCCGACCAAUAUUUUUGGGAGUGAAAGGUUGUCUGGUUCGACGGUCGCCACCGCCACCGGCCUCAUCUUGAAUACAAGCACAGUUUCGUCCGUCUCAAUCACUGCACCUCCAUUGGUAUCGAGUCUCAGUCUCACGCCGGCUGUCCCGACGCCGUCUACAACAUCGCUCACAUCGCCUUCUCCAUCCGUGGCCCCCGCCUCUGCCGUCUCAUCUGGUUCCAGCAUUUCCCUCGGCACUGUUAUUGGUGCUUGUAUCGGGGCAUUUUCCGGCCUUGCUCUUGUCGUCGCGGCGUACUACAUCUACUCCAAGCGCACCAAACGCGCCGGUGCGCCUCCUCCACGGAGCAUUAGCGAUAAGUGGAAGCAGCUCGAUGAUGGGGGAGAGAACGGUCGGAGUACCGCCGCAGCGAACGUCGCCCGAUCCCCAGCACAUCAUGAGAUGGAGGAGAAGAACUUUGCUAUGUUCAAAAAGUCCACGCCCAGCGUGCGCACCAUGCAUACCAAGACGUCUGACGAGCCCGUCGAUUUGCCUCCUUUCGAGUUCUCAAAAUAUCACCCCGACCUCGCGAAAGAGCUUGCGCUAGAGCAGCCCACGCGCCCCUUUAUCCCCCAGCGUGCUGGUACCGACAGCGGUGUCUCGUGGGAUGGCUCGACCGUGCAUGACGAUUCGUUCCUGUCUAUGCGCUCCGUGCGCGCGGAAUCGGGCACGAUGUCCCCCACUGUAGUGCUCGCAAAGACCACGCCCGCCGCGAUACUCUCACCCGCGCACAAGUGGGAAUCUGCCGAGGUUCUUACGAUGGAGCACGAGCAAACGGCUGACGCUCGGGAGCUGCAGAAUCCGUUCGCGGAUCUCAACGAGCAGCGCAGGAGCGUUUCGAAUCCUUUCUUCAACGCGCAGGAACUGCAGCGCACGGCGCCUCGCAGCCGGAGCCGUAGCAACAGCCGCACCAGCCGUGCUAGCCACGCCACACAUAGUCGCCGCGCUAGCCAGAGCACCGUUCGGCAGUCCGCCCGCAUCUCGAAUCCUUUCUCCGACGUCCAACAAGUGCCUGUAUACCACGUCGAGCCACCUCCGCCUCUGCACCUACAUGGACCCGAGAACUUGAUCGCGAGCGGCGCGAGUGCUAAUGCGUUUGGCGACCACGCGCUGAGGUCUCUUAUCGCGGCGCUGGACCUGACACAGGAGGAAGUCGAAGAACGCCUCCGCGUUGCGUCCAUGGACGCUUCGACGCUCUCGCGGUUUUCCACCAUGACGAGCGGGACCAACGACACGGACAUCGGGACCGUGCGCGAGUUCCCGAUGCCGCCCGACAUGGACCGGGCACCCCCAUGA